UAGAGGGGAUGGAACAACUACAUAACUGAUGAUGAUUGGCUUAAUUUCCUUCAUAAGCCAACCAGAGGCAGAGUUCCUACACAAGCACAUGCACAGUCCGAGCAAUGUAAAAAAGUCUGAGCAGCGUUGCCAACUUGAUUGGUGACUUUGUCGCUAGAUUUAGCAACUUUUUUACCCCGUUAGCGACUUUAUUUCAAAAAAGCAACUAGGACGUAGUUUACGGCAUAGUUGGAGACUUUUGAAGACUGACGUGAAAGCACGUUUCGUUCGUUCUUCUCAACGAGCCUGUAUGUGUCUUCCCUUAAUGUUUGCCAGUUUUGAUAUAAAAAAACAGGAACAAAAUUCUCAUAUUGUUCAUAAUGAUUUUUUUUCUGUUCGUUUUAGACCUGAUGGAGCCAAAAGAAGAAAUCACAAAUUCAAGACAGACAGAUCAAGAUCAGAAAGCGGUAAAGGAGGAAAUUUUACAAUUCAGUGAAAUAGAAGAGAAUCCUCAUCAUUUGAUACCCAAGGAAGAAUCUCUGAGCUGCUCGAUUAACAUGAGGAAUUUGUCCCCUAAAAGCAAAAAAAAAGCUCUUAUUUGCCCUCAGUGCGGAAAGACCUUCACCUAUAACUAUAAACUUAAUGAGCACAUGAGAAUUCACACUGGAGAAAAACCUUACAGCUGUGAUCAGUGUGGUAAAAGUUACAUAAAUAAAUGGCUCCUUAAUUCCCACACAAGAACUCACACUGUAGAAAAACCUUUCAGAUGUGAUCAGUGUGGAAAGACCUAUAAAAGAAGUUGGGACCUUAGUGAGCACAUGAAAACCCACACUGGAGAAAGACCUUACAGCUGUGAUCAGUGUGGAAAAACUUUCAUUAGGAAAUGGCUCCUUAAUUCCCACACAAGAACCCACACUGGAGAAAAACCUUUCAGAUGUGUUCAGUGCGGAAAGACCUACAACAGAAGUUGGGAACUUAAUCGGCACAUGAAAACCCACAAUGGAGAGCAGCCUAGAUGUGAUCAGUGUGGAAGAUCCUUCACUCGUAAGUCUGAACUGAAAAAGCACAUGAGAAUUCACACUGGCGAAAAGCCAUAUAGAUGUGAUCAAUGUGGAAAAACCUUCACUCGCAAGUCUUACCUUAAUGUUCACAAGAGAAUCCACACUGGAGAAAAACCUUACAGAUGUGAUCAGUGUGGAAAGAGUUUUAGUUAUAAGUUCCUUUUCAAUGAGCACAUGAAACUUCACACUGGAGAAAAACCUUACAGAUGUGAUCAGUGUGGAAAGACCUACAACAGAAGUUGGGACCUUAAUGAGCACAUGAAAACCCACAAUGGAGAACAGCCUAGAUGUGAUCAGUGUGGAAGAACCUUCAAUCGUAAGUCUGACCUGAAUAAGCACAUGAAAAUUCACACUGGAGAAAAACCUUACAGCUGUGAUCAGUGUGGAAAGACCUUCAAGAAGAAAGUCCAGCUUAAGGUUCACGCAAGAUUUCAUACUGGAGAAAAGCUUUACACAUGUGAUCAGUGUGGAAAUUGUUUUAUUCGUAAGUUUGGACUUAACAGGCACAUGGGAAUUUGUAAGGAGAAAAAUAAAAAUAUGUAUCCAUCCGUUUGGCCCAACGGCGGAAUCCAAACGGCAUGAUGAAGGAUCGUCCGUUCUAUUUUUUCCGGCGCUUAUCAAUGACAUUUUAACAUUAUCUUUUUGGAGUCAGAUGAAGCUACAUAAAUUGCGUAAAGACAUAUUGUAAUAUGAAUCCAGUUGAUGUAAUUAUGGAAUUUGGAUAAACGUUUGAUCAUUCUGUUUA